GCUCUCUCAGUGCUCUCUCUCCUCCAGCUCCUGCCGGCCGACCCGCGCCGCUGUCCGGCCACACGCCCACACAAGCCCCCGCCAGGGUGGGGUGACACCAGCCGGACACGACGAGACUCACACUAACAAGCCUGAACGCUUGCUGAGGGGAGGAAAAAAAUAAAAAAAGCAGCAGCAUCUCAUAUAACUCUUGGUGCUUUUUAGUUUUCAAAGGUUUCAUAUACAUCAACCUCCGGACUGAGGAAACAUGUAAAACCAAUCCCGGAUCUGGACAAGCUGCGCCCUUGUGAGCCGGACCCCGUUAGGAUCCCGUUAGGUUUCAAGAGAGGAGACGCGGACUGCGCCGUGGACUUAAGACGGAGACCCAUUUUUUUGUUUCAGGGUGGAAGCGGGCAUUUUUGACGCUGCUUUUCUAACAGAAAAAACACCAAAGAUGCUGUCGGGGCUGACCGAGUGGUUCUGGGAGGAACGGCUGUGGUUUCCAGAGGGUCUGGGCUGGGCCGACCUGGUGGAUCGGGAAGGACGGGUAUACGCGAAACCCCGUGAUUUAUGGGUCGCACUUCCCAUCGCUCUGGUGUUCCUCAUCAUCAGACAGAUCUUUGAAAGGACAGUGGCUACACCCUUGGCCUCUUUACUUGGAGUGAAAGAGACUGUGCGGCUCAAAGUCUCACACAAUCCCACACUGGAGUCUUACUACUGUAAUAUUACCAAAAUCCCUAGCCAGUCUUCAGUAGCAGGUCUUUGCAAGCAGACGGGCUACUCGGAAAGACAAGUGCAACGAUGGUUCAGAAGACGAAGGAACCAAGACAGACCGAGUUUACUGAAAAAGUUUCGAGAGGCCAGUUGGAGAUUUACCUUUUACCUUCUUGCUUUCAUUGCUGGCCUGGGCGCCCUCAUCGAUAAACCUUGGCUGUAUGACAUGAAGGAGAUGUGGGAAGGCUUUCCAGUGCUGACUCUCCUGCCAUCUCAGUAUUGGUACUAUAUGAUUGAGUUGGGUUUCUACGGCUCUUUACUCUUUAGCGUGGCUUCAGAUGUCAAACGCAAAGACUUCAAGGAGCAGAUAGUUCACCAUGUAGCAACCAUCCUCCUAAUCAGCUUCUCUUGGUGUAUGAACUACAUUCGUGCUGGGACACUCAUCAUGCUGGUGCACGACUCCUCUGAUUACUUUCUGGAGUCUGCAAAGAUGUUCAACUAUGCUGGGUGGCGAAAUGCUUGUAACUAUAUCUUCAUUGUAUUUGCUGCUGUCUUCAUCGUCACUCGCCUCAUCAUCUUUCCCUUCUGGAUCAUUUACUGUACGUGGGUGUACCCAGUGACCAUUUACGACCCCUUCUUUGGCUACUACUUUUUCAACGGACUGCUGAUGACUCUGCAGUGUCUACACAUCUUCUGGGCCGUUCUCAUCAUCCGUAUAGCACUCCGCUUCCUCACCCACAAUGAAAAAGUGGACGAUGACAGAAGUGAUAAAGAUGAAACGGACGAAUCAGAAGAGGGGGAAGAAAAUGUAGAAGAUAUUAAGCAUGUAAAGAAAAAUGGACCUGUGCAGAACGGUCAUGCAGUCCACAACAACAACCACAGCAAGACGGAGUGAAAGCAAAUGUCAGAACAGAAAGCAAGAAGGACUCAUAUCCCUCUGAGGGGGAGCAACAAGGGUGGGAUGGAUGAAAAGAGAGAAAGAAGAAGGGAUGUGGGCGGAAGGGGGCAAGUAUUCCCUGAAACUAAAAACAGCAGGUAUCUUAGAAAAAUUGACACUGUUGCGUUUACACAAACACAUGCUCAUUCAGACGUACUUUUAGAGGGCACAGAGAUCCAGCUGAUAGUAUACACUACACAGUGUCAUGGUGUUUUUCUUUGUCAUCAGAAAAAAAAUAUUGCCUUUGAUAUUAUUCCCAAAAAUGCCAUUAAUACAGGAGAGAAAACAGAGAGGAGCAAAGUGUGGAGGAGAAACAGGAAGGGGGUGAUGCUGCUUCUACUUAAGCUUUUGUGUUUUAACUGUGCCUUAGAGCCAGCUGAUGGCUGCUUUAAAAAAAGAAAAGAAAAAAAGUAUUUCAAACCUCGCCACUUUUGAAAUGAUGUUGCUUUUUUUCUACAGAAAGAACAAAACAAAGUGGAUAUUCAUUUUAUGAAGUUCAGAUUAUGGGGCAUUUAUUUCCCUUUUUCUGUCUAUGCAACUAUGUAACUCUUCAGCUAUUGCAACAUCUUUGCACAAACAUGAGGUCAUAUUCUGCAGCAGGACUGUGUGCCUAUGCUCUCUUGUGCAGCUUGUGCCAUUUAAGAAGUAUUCUAUUCGGUGUUAAUCCAGUCGAGCUUAUUUUGUGCGAGUCCCACUUCCAAAAGGGAUGCCGUUCUCACUUCCUUUUUGUUAAAGCCAAGAGCGGUAGACAUAAAUCCAUGUACCGCCUGGGACUGAGAACUCACAGUUACCAGAUACAUUUCAAGCAGCACGUUUCUGUUGCCACAUACUGAAAAGAGAUGAGUCAGUGUAAACAUUGUGAAGGUUUUUCUGUGGAAUUUAUUUUGUCGUUAUUUUUGAGAGGCAGAUUUCCUCAGCUCACUGCCUAAUAGAUGAGGUUAUAUUCAUUGACCUGGCUCAGAAUUUUAGGUCUUGAUUUAAACAAUGAUUUUAAGUAUGAUUUUUUUUAUUUUUUUUGUCUGUAAUAGGUUUACAGUCAUGUUAUUUCAUGUUUUACUUUUUUUUUCUUUUUCAAAGAAAACUGUUGUAUUGGUUUCGAAGGUUUGAAGGUUUAUGAAAUAACAAGCGGUCCAGUUUUGUUGUCACACUUUUAUGUAUUUGUAUGUCAAGUGCCUUAUCUGUAAUGAACAGGGAGCGCUCCUGUCUUUAUGUCCUCUCCUUUUCUUUCCUGUUUCCACAUCACAUCGAUGACUUUCACCUCCAAGUUCUGAACAUGCUCCCUCCUCACUGUUUCUUUCAACACUUGCUUCUCUUGUUUAAGAACCACCUUUUUAAAGUGACUCAUUCCACUACCAGAUUCUCUUUUACUAAUCCUGACCAACCAGCAACCUUUUUUUCACCAGUGAUACAGAGGAAACAGCUGUGUCCUAAUGACAGUGUUGUAUUAUUAUUAUUUUGUAUUUUUGUUGUUUAUUGAUGCCCAAGUAUUGUUAUUAAUGAUAAAAGAUCAUAAAUUACAAUGAAAGCAUU